AUGGCCGACAAAACCUCAUUCAGAGUUGUUAUCAUUGGAGGCAGUGUGGCUGGUCUCGUGUUGGGCAACAUGCUUCAGCUGAACGGAAUCGAUUUUAUCAUUCUGGAGGCCUACCCCGCCAUAGCUCCCCAAGUCGGGGCCAGCAUAGGAUUGCUCCCUAACGGCAACCGAAUCCUCGAUCAAUUGGGAUUGUUCGACAAGAUUCUGGGACUGGCGCCUCCGGUUGAGCGGUUCAAUUUUCGCAAUAGUAAGGGUGAGAGGAUCGCAGGUCAUUCUGGGAUGAGACAUUCUUUCGAACAGAGACAUGGAUAUCCCAUUUUGUUUCUCGAUCGUCAGGAAGUGCUAAAGGUGCUGUAUGAUAAUAUUAGAGAUAAGUCGAAGGUUCUAACCGAGAAACGUCUCGCGAAGAUCGAGAUGAAUGAGAAGGGCGUCAAAGCAAUCAUGACGGAUGGAUCGGAGUUCACAGGUGAUAUACUGGUUGGUGGUGACGGGAUUCACAGCAAGACUAGAUCGGAAAUGUGGAGGCUGGCUGAAGAGAAAAUUCCGGGCUAUAUCCCUGCUGGGGAAGAGAAUGUCCAGACUAUUUCACACACUAUCAAGAAGUCAAGUUUCAAACAUCAAUCACACCCAGCUCUCACGCCAAACACCAAACACUCCCUUCCCUCCAAAUACCUUAAAAUCCCUCAACUAACACCAUCCCAGCCCCUCCUUGCGACUACAGCUGCAUCUUCGGCAUCUCCAACUCGAUCCCCGGCCUCGAACCGGGAAACCUCCACUCCGUCUUCCGCGAGAAAAAACUCCUACCUCAUCAACGGCGGCCCCGAAGGCCGCGUCUACUGGUUCUACUUCUUCAAACACCCCACCACCCUCUACGGCCGCGACAUCCCCCGCUACACCAAAGCCGAGGAAGCCGCCGUCCUCAAAGCCCACGAAAACGACCCCAUCACCCCCGAAAUCACCUUCAAAGUCCUGCAAGACCGCAAAAUCACCUCGACCCUCACGGCACUCCCAGAAUACGUAUUCAAGAAAUGGCAUUUCGAGCGCAUCGUCACGAUUGGAGAUUCCGCGCAUAAAUUCAACCCCAUCAGCGGCCACGGCGGCAACUCUGCGUUUGAAACUUCCGCCGCCUUUGUCAAUUCGCUCGUGAAAUUGCUGAACAUCUCCCCCAAACCCACAACGUCCCAAAUCACAACAAUGUUCGCGGAUCUCCAAGCGCGGCGCGAAUCGCGCGCGAUAAUCCUGAAAGAUGCGUCGCACGAGCAACAGCGCACCGAGGCCAUGGACGAUCGUCUCCACAAAUUCAUCGCGCUGACGCUCUUGCCCCUCACGGAUACUGAAGACGUCAUGUUUAAUUUCUCGGGAAACCAGCCGUACGCGGAGAAAUUAGAUAUGGUGGAGCUUCCACCCCGUCCCAAACUCAUCCCGUACAAAGAUGAGUUGGCGCAGGCCCCGGAAUUGCGAGGGCGCACUGGUUGGCUGCAGAUGGCGGUUUAUAUGGCGCUGGCGGCGUGCGCGUAUUAUGGCAUGUGGAUGCAUUCGAAAAAGGCGGGGUUGGCGGAGGAGUUUGCGGGGAUUCUGAGGAGUCCGCGACGCGCGGCGGAGAAAGAUCAUAGGUUGGGGGUGUUGAGUGUGUAUUUCUAUGGCAUGUUGGUUCAGCCUUUGGCUGUCUGGUUGGUGGAGGGUUGUCGCAAGCGUAAUGAUAUGAAUCUCGUGGCUCUCCCAACCAUCUGGCUCGCCCUAUCCCAGUACUUCGGCUUCGGCAUCAUCGCCCCCAUCUUCUACACCGCCUACACCCUCUUCUCCAACGCUGAACCCUACUGGUGGCCGCUCUCCCGUCUCGUCCCCGCUCACUACAUGAAAGCGAUUCUCCCCUGCCUCCUCCUCUGCUACAUUCUCCCUACGCUCCUCCUCAUCCUCCCCCUCCCCCUCACAUUCCCAUUCCUAUUCACCCUCCCCCUCACCCAAAUCUUCCCCCUCCUCCCCUCCCUCACCACCCUCCUCACCUUCCUCAGCAGCACCAUCCUCAAAACCCUCAUCCCCCCACCCACUCAAACCCCCACCGCCUCCCACACCCCACCGACAUCCGCCCCCUGCGCACCCUCUACCUCUCCACCUUCAUCCUCGGUCUCCUACUCCACCUCACUUCUCUCAUCUACAUCUUCCUCGUCCCCAACCCCCUCCUCUCGCUCUCCUCCAUCUUCCUCCCGACUCUCUCCAACAUCCCCCCCUCCCCCCUCCACACCUACUUCCUCAUCAAUUUCUGGUCCUUCCACCUCGCUACCUACAUCAUGUGCUGCAACGCAGUAUGGGACAUCAAACGCGUCGGUCGAACCACCAUCGAUGUCGGCAAAGCCGCUGCGCUAUUACUUCUUGCGAAUGUGCUUGUGGGGCCUGGUGCAGCAUUGGUGGGGUGUUGGUAUUGGAGAGAAGUGCAGAUGGCGCGUACUAGCGUUUCGGCUAAGAAAUGAGUUGGUUUAUUGGUACUGUACUCUACGACAAAAUCGGCGGUUUAGGCGAUGGAUCAAUCCAAGUAGAGAAAGCAGGAAUAAAUAA